AUGUUAAAACCAGCGUACGAGGUAAAUUAGUUGUUAAAGUUGUCGUCAAUUUGGUUGAAAUUUAUAACUCUGGCAAGUCCAACUUAAAAUUAAGUUAUGUCGGUGUCCAGUGUUCUUGUUUUUAUGUUGGUUUACUUGUUCUCAGAGCGGAAAUUGUGAGUAGAAAUGUAUAUAACCUACUCGGCUCAAGCAUAAUAUCAGUCCAUGAUUUUAAAAGCCCUUCGUAGCUCCGGCAAAGUCGAACACGUGGCGGUUUCUGAAAUACAAGCGAAACUCAGUGGAGACAUUCCAGUUUAAAGUAGCCCAGCAAAUCAUGUCUUGCUCUUCUUCUACAUAAAAAUUAGUGACCAGGAAAGGAAUUUUCAAAAACGACGGCAAAUUUGAUUAAUUUUUUUCUCGGUGUACAACGGCAAGAUUUUGGCUCAGUUAAUAUCACAAAAUGAGGCCACUGUACCAUUCAAUAAAGUCAGGAAAGACCUAAGCUAUUACGCUGCCUAUUCACGGAAAGCCUCGAAGUUUGUAAAGGAUGUUUUCUUGAAUUUCUUGUUAUUUAACUAACAGUUUUAUGCUGAUAACCGCCCAAUGACGAAAAUUACUGUUGAAGAUGUGAAAUGCGAGGGGCUGUGGUUGACACACAGGCGGCCCAGACGUAAUAUGUGUCACUGAAUGAAUAUAUUAAUAUUCACAUGAACAAAUUAAUGCGAGGAGUCGUCGAAACUCCCAUGAACUAAAAUAGUCCAAAAGUCAAAAUAUAACAAACUAAAGCUAAGAUACCUUCAACUAAACGUAUCCUUGUCUUUCCUGGCCGGUUUAAGUGGCAUUUUGUUGAGUUUUGCUAUUGUAGGUACUAUCUCAACAAAAUGCCACUUAAACCGGCCAGGAAAGACAAGGAUACGUUCAGUUGAAGGUAUCUUAGCUUUAGUUUGUUUUAUUUUGACUUUUGGACUAUUUUAGUUCAUGGGAGUUUCGACAACUCAUCUCACUAAUUUGUCCAUGUGAAUAUAUUAAUAUAUUCAUUCAGUGACACAUAUUACGUCUGGGCCGCCUGUGGUUGACAAAGCGUUAAAACUGAGCAAUCUCGUACAAAGUUUUCGCGGAGAACUGCUGCUUGGUUUGCACUUUCCCCAAACACUAUAACUGAUUUUUGGAUUUUUGGAUUACGAUUAGCGCUAAUUGUAUGGUCCCCAAAAUAUAACACGUAAUAACAUAUGUAUUAAGGCGUUUCUUAUGACGUCCGUUUGCAGCAUAGUUAAGUUAUUAUUCACUUCUAUCUGAAGUUUUACGUACGCCCAAAACGUGUUAUAUAUGCUGUACUUUGUUAGCUGUAUUUAUUCCCUGAAGAAGUCUCAGUAAGAGGUGAAAGCGUCGGAAAUAAACGAAAAAGCUUGCAACUACAAGAAGCAGGGGCGGAUCUAGGGGGAGGGUGCAGGGGGUGCGCACCCCUACCCCCUGAGAUGACCUGCGGUUUUCUAAUACAACUGGUAUUCUGCAAAAAAAAAACUAUGUGGUUUAUUGGUGUUGAAGUAGAGCAAGAGACGAGUGCACCCCCUCCUAAAAAAAAUCCUGGAUCCGCCCCUGAGAAGUGUUCCUUUGUGCUGCUCACUAGUCUUCGUUAAAAAAUUUAAAAAAAUCGAAAAUUUAUUGAGGUUAUAAGGCUUUCUUGCUUUAGAUGAGAUUGCUCUUUAAAACAACGAACCUUAGCUAAAAUUUAAAAGAAUAAAAUGAAUUGAUGGGAUAAAAUAUGCAUACAUCAACCAAUAUAGUUUAAAAUGGCAAUAAACAGUUGACAUUGAAACUUAGACUAUUGACGAUUUUAUUCUUAGAUUGAUGAUGAAUAGUAGAGUGACUAAUUGCACUAAACAUAAAUUAUUGAUCAGUUGUCUCAUAGUUUUCAGAUGGAUUCCAUUACUUUUGGUCAGAUUUCGCCAAUCGCCUGGCUUAAUUGCUCUAAAACAGAAACAACCAAUAGCCUUACUUGAUUCACACCUCAAAUGAUAUAACCACAUCACGCGCGAACUCUCGCGUGAAUGCAUUGCGACAGAGCCUGUGUAUGGUUACUACGAUGUUGAAGAAUUCAAUUUAUGAUGCUAAUUGGGAAUGGAUAAGAUUCGCAAAGAUCGUCACCAGAGCCAGACCUCAUAUGAUAUGACUACAUCACGCUCGACCUCUCGCAUGAACUCUCGCGUAAAUAAAUUGCGAUACAGCUGGUACAGUUACUACGAUGUUGAAAACUGCAGUUUUGGAUGCUUAUUAGGAAUACAAAAAGUCUUCGCAGAACCCUGAAUCAGUUUGGUUGGGUUUAUGCAAACCUUUCUUUGGUCAAAGAGCUUUUCAAAGUUGUGAACAAAUCGUGAAUUACGUGUUUCCGUAUUUUUUCUCCGUUUUUCUUUACGUAUCUCUCUGCACUUAGUUGAGGCCUUUUACUACUGUCACCUCAGCUUCCUAUGCUUUCGAUUUGCAGCUCUCAGAUCAGACCAUAUUCUUUUGGCGGACCUCCAGACUAUACCCUCAAACCAGUCUAUCAGAACCGCCUCAAGUCAGACCACACCAGACCAAAUCCGACCUCAGAUGAGACCACAACUGACCAUCGUCAGACCCGACCACCACCAAAUCAGACUAUCAGAACAGACCUUCACCGCCACACCAGACCACAGACCACCAUCCCUGACUACUCAGCUUCCAAUCAGUACAGGAUGCCCAGCCUCUUGAGCUGGUACAGGUCAGGUGCACUCUUUAUGGGUUGGGUCAAGGGGGGUAUAUAA